GCUGGACGUCCAGCGAAAGGGGCCUGGCCCGCCUCCCGGGCAAUGGGCGGACUUGGGCAAACCCCAGAGGUUUCCAGGAGGACUUUGCGGGAGCUGGUGUGCUCUGGGCAAAGGAGGCCUGGCUUUAGGAAGCCGGGAAAAACGCGGAGUUUCCUCCACCCCCCCUGCCCGCAACGGGGCGGGAGGGACUUUCUGAUCCAAUUAGCCCGCUGCCGCUCUGGGGAUGAACCGAGGCCCUGCCCAGCAGCCGUGGUGGCUGAGCUGGCCAUCCUGGAAAUGGGGCGAGAGAGUCGGUAUCCACCCAAUUUUGGAAGAAAGAAAAUCUGUGGGCUGAGAGCUGGGACGCCAUCGGAACAGCAGCGCCUCCGCACGUGUGGAAAGCGCGGAGCUGCCAAUGAGUAAUCGAACCCUUCCAGUCCUACUUCUAGGGGUAGGCAAAAAAGCUUACGCCGGCGUCAGUUUCAAGUAUCUCCAACCGCAGAACCCGUCCCCCACUCAGUAAUUACACGAGCCCUCGAUGAGAUACUUUGCUUGCUGAAGAGAAAACCCAACUCCCUUUUAGCACUGAAGAUGUUACCUGGCUUGGUAAUGAAAUGUCUUCCAGAAAACAACAAGCUCAGAGAUACCAAGGACCCCACAGAUGAUGUUGAACAAAAUGGGUUCUAGGAAGCAGUCAAAGGAUGAGCGUCUGAAUCCACGUGAGCAUCAAUCAGAAAAAGUGUCAAAAUCAUCUGGAAAAAGGAAGCGAGACUAUGCAGAACUGGAUAAUGAGUUACAAGCAAAAAAACUACUUGUGAGGAAAACCAAACAAUUGCAAAAAACAGGACAAGCUUGCUGUAGUGGCUCCAUGUUUCGAAAUUCAAGAGUUGCCUUCCAUCCAUGGGAAAUGCAAAAGAAUAUUGUCCACUAUGUUUAUCAAAAUAUGGUGGGUGGCACUAUUGGAGCACAACUUAAGAAGUGUCUCCAGGUGCCCUUUGUACGGUCUCUCUACUUGUACCGUCUGUUCCGAACGGCAAGUCCCUUUGACAGAAGAAUUACAGCUUUGGAAUGGCAUCCAAUGCAUCCCAGCACAGUUGCUGUGGGCUCCAAGGGAGGAGACAUCAUCCUGUGGAACUAUGAAGUGCUCAAUAAAACAUGUUUUAUUAAAGGGAUUGGAGCUGGAGGGUCCAUCACAGGAAUGAAGUUUAAUCCUUUUAAUCCAAGUGAGCUGUACACAUCAUCAGUUGCUGGAACUACUACCUUGCAAGAUUUUAAUGGAAAUACAAUCCGGGUCAUGACCAAUACCGAUGACUGGGAUUUCUGGUAUUGCAGUGUUGAUGUAUCUGCAACUCGUCGGACUGUAGUAACAGGAGAUAAUGUAGGGAACGUGAUUUUGCUUAGUACUGAAGGUGAACAGAUAUGGAAUUUGAAGCUGCACAAAAAGAAAGUGACUCAUGCGGAGUUUAAUUCUCACUGUGAUUGGCUGCUGGCUACGGCCUCUGUAGAUCAGACAGUCAAAAUCUGGGAUCUGAGAAAUAUUAAAGAUAAAUCAAGUUGUCUUCAUGUACUUCAGCAUGAUAAAGGUGUCAAUGCAGCUUAUUUCAGCCCAACAGAUGGUGCUAAGCUACUGAGUACAGAUCAGCACAAUGAAAUCCGGGUUUAUUCUUCUUCUGAUUGGUCUAAACCACAGCAUUCAAUAUCACAUCCUCAUAGACAGUUCCAGCAUCUCACACCUAUCAAGGCAACAUGGCAUCCUCGUUACGAUCUCAUUGUGGUUGGUCGUUAUCCAGACCCUAAGUUCCCAGGGUACACAGCAGAUGAGCUGAGAACUGUUGACAUAUUUGAUGGAGACAGUGGAGAGAUGGUGUGUCAACUACAUGAUCCAAAUGCAUCAGGCAUUAUCUCUCUCAAUAAGUUUAACCCCAUGGGCGACACCUUGGCUUCAGGAAUGGGCUAUAAUAUUCUGAUAUGGGACCGAGAAGUGAUGAUAGGUAAGAAGCAGGAGGAUCUCAUGCAAGCUAUGAAAGAGCAGAGAAUUGGGCUUACGAACGUACCCCACCAAAGAGGACAGAGGCAAAGGCCAUCAAACACAGAAACAAAGAAACUCAAAACUAAACUGCUCAGUCUUGAAUUAGAGGACACCAAAACAAAGGGUAAAGAACACACAGUGCACACUAAGAGAAGAAAGGACCCGGAAGACUUAUGAGUCAAGCUUGUGUCACUAGUGUUUGCUUGGAGCAAAGUUGGUGCUGCUGGCAUCACGUGAGACAUUGACUUCAGGAGAAGAAAGCCCUUCUUACAGUAGACAUAUAUAUGCAUGUACAGCAUAUAUAUAUAUGCAUGUACUUAAAUGAGCUAAAAGGAACGUUCUGUUGUGUGUACCUGAAGGCUUUUAAUUGUUUAAGGCAAAGUGCGGUGCACAAAGAUAUGCUAACAAUCCAGAUUACAGUAUAUUUUCAGACCUAGCUUUUUUCUUUUUAUAAUAUAUUGAAAACUAUGUUUGUCGUACGCUCACUAAAAAUAAGAGCAUUUUUGUUUUAAGGUGCAACAUAAUUUGUUUGUUCUCGGACACAGGUAUUUGUAUUUUGUGAGAUUGUAAAACUGUCUAGAACUUAAAGAUAUGUAGAGGUACAAAAAAAGCAACUAACUAUAGGUACCUUUGAAACAGUUGUUAUUGUGAUUCACUUACUGUUUUCUUUUGUUCAAAAAUAAUACGUUUAAUAAUGUUUUUGUAUCAUAAUUAUUUUGUUAUACAGAGAAGCUACGUGCUUCUUGAGAAACAUAAUAGCUAGGACAUAAGCCCGCUCAAAGAAUAUAUCUGAGAAGCUUAAUAAAAAUUGAAUGAAU